AUGUCGCUUCUGCGUCGUCGAAAUUGGGCGCUCCCCAAACAGCCCAGCAGCAUCGCGCCCGAUCACGUCUGGAGUAAUGCUGAUCAGGACCCCGUCCCACCAGAAAAAUGGACCUGGACGGGGUGGACCUUUACGCAGUACUGGCUAUCCGAUCUGGUCACCAUCUCCACCUGGUCGGCUGCCAGCUCGGCCUUUGCCUCUGGCUUGUCAGCGACGGACACAAUCCUUCUCACUCUUGUUGCAGCGCUCUGCAAUGCCAUCCCUACAGUUCUGAAUGGCGCUGUCGGUGCCGAUCUACACAUUCCCUUUCCAAUCGCUAUUCGUGCCAGCUAUGGCACUUACUUCGGCUACUUUUGUGUCGCAUCGCGGGCAAUUCUGGCCAUGUUCUGGUUCGGUGUCCAGAGUUCGUAUGGCGGAAGAUGCGUGACUCCAGUAAGGGCACAUUUGGAGUUGAUAAAGUAG